UAUUCUGUGUUUUAUAUCAGUUGUGCCAGUGACAUUCAAGUGAACAUGACGUCAGUUAAAAUAAAUCCGGACUUACAAAAGGAGCGGGAUUCGUGUACUUUUAACACCGAGGAGCUGACAAAUUUUUUUGAUGCUGGUGAUAAAUACACACGAAAGAGGCGCGAGCUGGAAAAUAAAAUAUUCAGCAUAAAGGAACUCAAAGAUGAAAUUCCCGAUGAGUAUUUAAGCCACAAAGAAAAGUAUGAGAAUGCCCUGCGAAAAGCAGUCCUUUUGUUGAAGGCACUGAAGAAGAUUGGAUACAGCAGAAAUUUUGAAGACGUACAUAAAUCAUCCUUCCGUGAGUCAAUCCACACUGGCAUAUUUAAAGAUGGAUCGCCGUUUAUGUUGCAAUAUUCAAUGUUUAUUCCGACUCUGCAAGGAAUGGCCGAUGAAGAACAGAAGCGACGUUGGCUCAACAGAGCCAUGAAUUUUGAAAUAAUUGGCACGUAUGCACAGACGGAACUUGGUCAUGGCACUUUCAUUCGGGGAUUGGAAACGCAGGCAAUUUAUGAUGAAAAGACUGAAGAAUUUAUAUUGCACAGUCCUACACUAACUGCAUACAAAUGGUGGCCCGGAGGAUUGGCUCAUACAGCGAACUAUUGUAUUGUCAUGGCUCAACUGAUAAUUAAGGGCAAAAACCACGGUAUGCAGCCCUUCAUCGUUCAGAUCAGGGAUGAGGAGACACACAUGCCACUGCCAGGAAUCAAAGUGGGAGAGAUUGGUCCCAAACUUACAUUCAGCGGAGUCAACAAUGGUUUCUUGGGGUUUGAGCACGUGAGGAUACCCCGGGAGAACAUGCUAAUGAAAUACAACCAAGUACUUAAGGAUGGCACGUUCAAAUCAAAUCCAAACAGCAAGUUAACGUACGGGACCAUGGUGUACGUUCGGGUAACCAUCGUGUUCGGAGCUGCCACGCAGCUCGCAAGGGCUGUCACCAUCGCGGUUCGGUAUUCAGCAGUCAGGCGACAAUCCCGGCCAAAACCCAAUGAACCAGAACCCCAGAUCUUGGACUACGCCACGCAGCAACACAAACUGUUUAUUGGUAUUGCCACCAGCCACGCGUACACCUUGCUAGCAUACUGGCUGUGGGAUAUCUACACCAGUUUCAAAAAGGAUUUGGAGUCAGGCAACUUGGAUAGAUUACCCGAGUUACAUUCGCUGACUUGUGUCCUGAAGGUGGUCAGUUCAAAAGACUGCACCCGACUGGUUGAACAAUGCCGUAUGUCUUGCGGUGGUCACGGCUUCAUGAUGUCGUCGAGCUUGCCACAGAUAUACGGACUAGCUACUGCUGCUUGCACCUACGAGGGAGAGAAUACCGUGUUACUGUUGCAAACUGCAAGGUCAAUGGUAAAAGCGUUGGAUCAAGCAACGAAGGGUAAACCUCUAAGUCCGACAAUGGCGUACCUCGGAGAAAGAUCAGUGACAACAAAAUGGGAGAAUUCGGUUGACGGCAUCGUGAAAAGUUUCCAGAAGGUCUCAAUAGGAAAACUAAGGGCUGCUGUCUCCAGUCUGAAGCAAUAUGAGAGGAGUGGCCUUUCUCCAGAAGACGCAUGGAAUAAGAGCUCUGUACAACUAAUUUCAGCAGCUGAGGCACACGGACGUGCGGUAGUUAUGUCGGUGUAUAAGUCUGAGAUAGACAAAUACGCAUCGACUGUAUCCACCGGACUGAAGACUGUCCUCUACCAAUUAGUAGAGCUGUAUGCUAUCUAUAUGGUAUUGCAAAAAAUGGGAGACAUGCUAUUGUAUGGAAACCUUACCGAAGCAGAUGUAACUGUAUUACAGAGAAGAUAUGAAGAGCUGUUGGAAUUGUUGCGACCGAAUGCUGUAGGAUUAGUUGACGCUUUUGAUUUUAGGGACGAGGUUUUAAGUUCGACACUAGGCUCGUAUGACGGGUUUGCCUACGAACGUCUGAUGGAAGAGGCUAUGAAGAGUCCCCUCAAUGCUGAACCAGUGAACCAAAGUUUUGAAAAAUACAUGAAGCCUUUGAUGAAGGGCAAACUGUGAUUAUUUUGAUAUAGUUAAUUGUUGUUUGUUUCUUUAUACAUAUUUUUUAUAAUAAAUAUUUAUUCUUGCUUUU